AUGUCUACGAAUGGGAUCUGUAUCUUUGCUGCGUAUUACUGGGGGGCAUGGCCGGCAAGAAAGGUCAACAAGAGGAAGGGCCUCAUCGUGCCAGCAGCCGAACUUGAACAACUGGAUCUGGAAACGGAUCUCCCGAUGUGGUCCUGUUUUUACCGUACAAUCCUUGAUGACCCAAAGAUAGGCCGCCUGUCGAUAUCCGGAAUAUCUCCACAUCUCAUGAUGGACAGGAAGAAGCACCGUGUAAUUAUUGAUGCAGAUAACGCGCUGGUCUUUCCUGGGCCCAAAAUGGCCUAUCAGAGAUGGAACAUUGGUUUUCGUAUGGCCAACCUCUUUGAGACCGAUUGGAAUAGAGAAAAAGGGUUGCAUAUCGGAUAUGUCAUGCAUCCACACUGCUGGCUAUUGGUUGAUCGGUUCCUGGGACACAGCGUUCAUAACUGUCCUAGAUAUGGGGCAGGCAACUUUAACCGCACGCAUAUGUCCUCGAGUCCAUUUAUAAUCCGUGACAUCCAAACGUUGAUCACAGUGGCUACUAACGAGCAUGGAAAGCCCCUUGGCCAGGGAGCGAGGUGGCGUUCUAUUGUUGCUAAUGUUCCUGUCAAAGUCAUAAUGAUCAUCAUUGAUACGAUUUACGAGCGCCGUCCACCUUGUCCCGAGAGAAUCCAAGAUACUCGCAACGUGCUAGAGGCUUUUCAAUGGAAAAUACCUGAUUCAUACUGGCAUAGGCGCUGCAACCCUAGUCUCGUAUUCGAGGUGCAAGACGCGAUUAAAGCCGGGACUCAAAUCGACUGGGUAUAUUUCUUCCUUGGGUUACACGAGCUAUUGUUACAAGAGGACUGGUACUGCAAUAGUGGAUUAUAUUUUCGAGGCCGGAUACUGUACCUAGUUGAAUGCAUUGAAGGGUGUAUAUCAAACGGUACCUAGGUAGGGUAUUUAGACAAUACGAAGGAAACAGUAUCUCACGUAUAUCCUAAUGAAUGAGGAUAGAUCCUACCGCUUUCGUAAUACACAGAAAACCAUAAAUAAAAAUAAAAAUAGGUAAAUACAUGACAAAAGAAAGAAAGGAAAUCGACGAAAACCAACCAAGUGCACAAAACACAAACGUGGAUAUUUUGAAUCUACACUGAAAAUAAAUUGGGAUAAGUAGUGUGGAGAGAAAAAGGGCACUAGGUGUAAGAGAUACUGCCAGGGCACACGUAUUCCACAAG